AGCACCCCACCCCACUUUCCGAAACCCAAAAAUCUUGUAAUCCACCGUACUGUAUUGUUCCUCACUGGUUCAUCGCCAGCCACUUUCUAAAAGAAAGCAAAGCUGAAGAGCUAAAGCCUUUCCGUUGGGCGGAUUUAUGAUGGGAACGCUGGCGAGCUACAGCUUUAGCACUCCGAAUUUCAGGCUUCGUUCGGGUCACUUUGAUGACAAUUUCCGGGAGCGGGUUCGAGGGUUCGAUUCGUAUAGGAAGAAAUCAGGUUCAGGUUCUUGUCAUCUGUGCGGAGGAAGAAUGUUCAGCAACAAGAGGGAGUAUAUUACGUUUCGGAAGAAUUCUACUAAAGUCUGGUGCUUUGGUGAGAAUAACGAUAGGGAUGGUGUUAACAGUAAUGACGGUAGCAAAGAAGUGGAAAGCAGUGAAAUGGGUGGGCAAGAUUCUAGUGUAGCAACAGCAUCCCCUGAAGACAAUGGGGAGAGAACUGCCGAGGAUAAUGAAUUUGGUUCUGACAAUUCUCCUGCCUCUAUUUCAUCAAAGCCACCAACUAUAUCUUCUCUUGGACCAGCUUACAGUAAUUUCCAAGUGGACUCUUUCAAAUUGCUUGAGCUUCUAGGACCCGAGAAGGUCGAUCCAUCUGAUGUCAAGCUAAUAAAGGACAAGCUUUUCGGGUACUCAACCUUUUGGGUUACUAAGGAAGAAAUAUUUGGAGACCUUGGUGAGGGCGUUCUUUUCCUUGGGAAUUUAAGGGGGGCAAGAGAAGACGUGUUUGCUAAACUUCAGAAUCAGCUAGCAGAGAUUACGGGUGAUAAAUACAACCUUUUCAUGGUGGAAGAACCCAAUGCAGAAGGAGCAGAUCCUCGUGGUGGUCCACGAGUUAGUUUCGGUUUGUUAAGAAAGGAGGUGUCCGAGCCAGGGCCAACCACACUUUGGCAAUAUGUGAUUGCUAUGCUGUUAUUCCUUUUAACAGUUGGUUCUUCUGUCGAGUUAGGAAUUGCAUCUCAGAUCAAUCGCCUUCCUCCAGAAGUGGUGAAGUAUUUUACCGAUCCAAAUGCCGUUGAACCACCAGAUAUGCAGCUGCUUUUCCCGUUUGUGGAUUCUGCUUUGCCGUUAGCCUAUGGUAUCUUAGGAAUUCUGCUAUUUCAUGAACUUGGGCAUUUUAUUGCUGCUUUCCCUAAAAAAGUGAAACUCAGCAUUCCAUUCUUCAUCCCCAACAUUACACUUGGAAGUUUUGGUGCAAUAACUCAGUUCAAAUCUAUCCUUCCUGAUCGGAGUACAAAAGUUGACAUUUCGUUAGCUGGUCCAUUUGCCGGUGCUAUUCUCUCUUUCUCCAUGUUCAUCGUCGGCCUGCUGCUUUCAUCAAAUCCUGCUGCUACUGAAGACUUGAUACAGGUUCCUAGUAUGCUGUUCCAGGGCUCUUUACUUCUCGGGUUAAUCAGCAGAGCUACCCUUGGUUAUGCGUAUGUCCCUCCCAGACAAAUCCCUGAGCCUUUUAUCCUUGAUGAUCAACAGAAAAAUAAUAUUGAAAAGCAAUGCAUGCUGCAACAGUUUCUAUCCAUCCUCUUGUGUGGCUUAACUACAACAGCUUUUAAUCUACUGCCAGUAGGAAGCCUUGAUGGUGGAAGAGCAGUCCAGGGUGCUUUCGGGAAAAGUGCUCUUAUUGGAUUUGGGUUGACCACAUACGCAUUUCUUGGUCUGGGAGUGGUAAGCCAAAAUCAUCAUGGUGAAAUUUUCAUUUGAUUACAAAGCAUGUGUCAGUUAUACAGGUCUCAAUUGUGAAACAAUGUUACUACUACAUCAGUCAACAUAUGGUGCUGACAUUGGAAUCUCGUCUUCUGUUUUCCUUCCCUUCAAAGCUUGGUGGUCCAUUAUCACUCCCCUGGGGCCUGUACGUGUUGAUAUGUCAGAGGGCGCCGGAGAAGCCAUGCUUAAACGACGUGACGGAGGUUGGAACUUGGAGACAAGCUGCUGUUAUGACGGCAAUUUUCCUAGUGGUGCUGACACUGGUUCCGGUUUGGGAUGAGCUGGCGGAGGAGCUAGGUAUAGGUCUCGUGUCUACAUUUUGAUUGCUAAUAUAUAGGGAGAGAACAGAAAGAAAGAGUAUACAAAGCCAAUUUUGACAUACUGUAUUGUGUGGGUCAAUACUCACAUUUGUAUCUUUCGCCAUUGUUGUUAUACAAAGCCAUUAUUUUAUAUUGCGUUAGCUUCGCCACGGACCUCUUGUAGAGAUACUUGAUGCAGAAGCUGGACAAGUGCAUCGUCGUGAAAACUGCGUUCGUAUUUCCUUUGGUCCCAC